CAAAGCAUGAUUUACACCCCUAGCUUCCUCGUGUUACUGCCUCAGUCCUUAUGGUCUCUUUUCCUUGUUAUAAUUGUUGGGUAUAUGGUAAUCAAAACCAUUAGAUACCAUAACCCUAACAAACCUAAACUUCCUCCAGGUCCAAAACCCUUGCCUAUUGUUGGUAAUCUUUUUGAAAUGCUUGCAAACAGACCUACUCAUGCAUGGAUAUAUAGAAUGUUGAAGGAAAUGAAUACCGAAAUAAUAUGUUUUCGGCUCAUGAAUAUUCAUCUCGUCGUCGUUAAUUGUCCUACCAUUGCACUUGAAUUCUUCAAAAAACAUGAUUCUAAUUUUGCAUCAAGACCAAAAACCAUGUCCACUGGUAUCAUCUCCAACGGAUACUUAACUACAAUGUUAGGACCGUAUGGAGAACAAUGGAAAAAGAUGAAGAAAAUUAUUGUCAAAGAUUUGCUUAAUCCGUCCAAGCAUGAAUGGCUUCGAGGAAAAAGAAAUGAAGAAGCUGAUAAUCUAAUAUUUUAUGUGUACAACAAAUGCAGCAAUAAUGGUAGCCCUAUGAAUGUUAGAAUCGCAAUACUACAUUACUGUAGUAAUGUGUUUAGGAAACUCUUUUUGAGUACCAGAUACAUUGGAAAGGGUAUGAAGGAUGGAGGGCCUGGUUCUGAGGAGGUUGAACAAGUUAAUGCUGCUUUAGAUUUGCUUAAUUAUAUUUUUUCUUUUUCUCUAUCAGAUUUUAUCCCAGGAAUGAGUCUACUAGACCUAGAUGGUCAUAAAAGCAAGAUCAAUAAUGCAAUGAGGGUAAUGAAAAAGUGUCAUGAUCCCAUUGUUGAAGAAAGAAUCAAACAUUGGAGGGAUGGAUCAAAGAAAGUUGAAGAGGAUUUGCUAGAUGUUUUGAUCAACCUAAAAGAUGAAAAUAAUAAUCCGUUCUUGACAGUGAAGGAAAUCAAGGCUCAACUUGUUGAAUUGAUGAUGGCAACUUUAGACAAUCCAUCAAAUGCAGUUGAAUGGAUAUUGGCCGAACUGUUAAAUCAGCCGGAACUACUGCAAAAAGCUACUGAAGAGUUGGACACUGUAGUCGGAAAAAAUAGGUUAGUUCAAGAAUCAGACAUUCCUAAACUCAACUUCUUGAAGGCUUGUGCAAGAGAAUCUUUUCGUCUCCAUCCCAUAACAGAUUUAAGUCCUCCACAUUUUGCCAUAAACGAUACAAUUGUUGGAAAUUUCUUGAUACCAAAGGGUAGUUAUGUGUUACUCGGAAGAACCGGACUUGGCAGAAACCCAAAAGUAUGGACUGAACCAAACAAAUUUAAACCAGAACGCCAUCUCAAGAAUGAGGGUCCGGAUAUAACUUUGAUAGAACCGGACUUAAGGUUCAUGUCCUUUAGUACAGGAAGACGUGGUUGUCCUGGUUCCAUACUUGGAACCACGAUGGCUAUUAUGUUAUUGGCUAGGUUGCUCCAAGGAUUCACUUGGAGUAUACCUCCCAAUAUACCAAGAAUCAAUCUCGCUGAGGCUGAAGGUUUAUUGUACCCUGCUGAUCCACUGACGGUUAUAGCAAAGCCAAGAUUGCCCGCCGAAUUGUACAACUUUGGAAGCAGGUCGAAAUAAGAUUCUAUGGCACUCUUUUCUUUUAUGUAUGUAGUUACAAAUCCAACCAUUUUACCUCCUUUUUCAAUCAUGUCAGGUUAAAAGGGAAUAUAUAAAUAAGGUUGGGAUUUGCUUUAAGAAUAAUGUUGUUUAGAAUCUAUGGAAGAUUUGAA